UUGUUGAGGCGUCAGAGCUUCAGCUCGUGUUCAAAACUCGGAAAAACGCUUUUAUCACGUAGUCAACGCCUAAACCGUAUUGUUAAUAUCUGCAGAAGAUGCAUGAUACUAGUAGAUUCGAUUCAGCUUAAAUAAUUGAAUGUAUCAUACUAGGGGGAGUAGUAAAAGUACGGAGUUGGUGAGGUAGAGUUGCUGUUGCUAAGAUAGCUAACAGUUGGAGCUGCGCAGAGUUGUAUCCCCUGUUGGAACAGGAGUGAGGAGAGGACGAGUAGCUGCUUGACCCCUUUCAUGCUCUGAAUAUGUUAAAUUUCAUCAACUUUUGGUCUCCAAAAUCUUCGGACACAUGGUGAAGAGAAAGAAGACGUCGUCAGCUGUCGACGAGCUGGAAAAUGGGAUGACAGUGGGCCAAGGGGAUGUUUCCGGGGGCGAGGGGCCAAAGAAACCUGCCCGCAAGCUGGAGGUUUGCGAGGAGGAGAGCGGAGAUCAGGCGAGCGAGGAGACGAGUACAAAGAGAGACGAAGAGGAAAUUCUUAAUCCAUCAACUGCGGCCAGCUCCAGUUUGACUCCGAGUCUUCACACCUCAACACCGAACCCGUCCGGACCCCCAGCGAACUUGCAGUCCAAUACUUCCCCUCCUGCCGUCCCACAGAACCAGGAUCAGCAUCAUUUUCUCCGUUCCAGUGUGCGACCUCCGAGCAAGCGGCUCCGGAAGGAUCCCGUUGCCCCUGCGCUGAACGGGCACGGCGGGGCGAAAGCGAAAGGGGCCGAGGCAGGUCCAGCAGUGUGUGCGGCUACCACAGCAGGCCCUGUAGGGGGAUCAGGGGCUGGAGGCAGUUCCCGAUCAGGCCCACGAGGCCAGAGCUCUGGAGAGAAAGAGGAAGGCGGCAGCCAGAAACGGACCCGCAGACAGUGGGAGUCCUGGAGCACCGAGGACAAGAACAGUUUCUUCGAAGGCCUUUACGAGCAUGGGAAGGACUUCGAAGCCAUUCAGAACAACAUAGCACUGAAGUACAAAAAGAAAGGGAAGCCAGCCAGCAUGGUGAAGAACAAGGAGCAGGUUCGCCAUUUUUACUACCGGACGUGGCACAAGAUCUCCAAGCAUAUUGACUUCAACAAUGCGUACUCCCGUCUGCUCAAGAAGUCCUCUCAGGAGCUCUUCGGUCUCAUCUGCUAUGCUGAGCUCAGGAAGAAAGUCGGAGGCUUGAUGGACGAUAAGAAUGUUGCAAAACUGAAUGAGCUCAUUCAACAGGGAGCCACGACAGUGCGUUCCAAAGGCAGAAACCUGCGCAUUAAGGCCCCGAUGUGCCGAGCCCUAAAGAAAUUGUGUGACCCAGAUGGAGUGAGUGAUGAGGAGGACCAGAAGCCUGUCCGGCUGCCGCUGAAGGUUGCCGUGGAGCUGCAGCCGCGCAGCAACCACUCAUGGGCCCGCGUUCAGAGCCUGGCACACAAUCCCCGCCUCCGGAUGGUUGUGGAGCUCCACAGGAAGGUCUCCAGCCUGAUUGAGUUCCUGAAGCAGAAGUGGGCUGUGCAGGACCAGCGAAUCCGCAAGAGUCUAGAGGAGCGGGAAGCUCUAGAGGGCGUCCCCAAGAAGGCUGAUGCCGAGGAGCUCCUUCUGUUCCCGGCCGAGAGCAGCACGGUGACCACGCUCCCGGGCGUGGCGCGCGUCGUCCACUCCAAAGCCUCGUGCACCGUGCACUGGCAGGAGACGGGCAGGAGCCGUCCGGGCUCCCGAGACCUGCCCGCCGCCCACAUCCUGGGCAUCCAGCCGGGGGGCCGGGGAGCGGGGCGCCCGGGGAAGGCUGCAGCGCCCCCUGCUGUUAAAGCAGAGGGACCGAGCCAGGAGGGCACCGAGAGUGGCUCAGCAGCAGCAGCAGCUGGCAGUGGAGGAGAUAGUGCCAGCGCUAAUGCUACCCCGGCUCAAGGCUCCGCCGCCGUGCCGGUGCCCGCGCCCCACCCUCCGACACACUCCGCUUCCCCGGCCACCACCACCCCGUCGCUGCCAGCCGAGCAGAGCGCCGGAAAGGGACCAGCCGAGGCGGAGGGGGGCGGCGCGCAGGCGGACGCGGACCCCAAGGAGAGGAGCUCCGCUGGAGCUCAGAGGGACCAGGCUCCGGCCCCUGCGGAGCAGGGCAAGGACGAGCCCGGCGCGGGCGGCGUGUUGUCUCCCGAGCGCACCGCUCCCGGCCUCGCCGUUCCACACGCCGCACUACCGGACACCUCCGCACGGCCGGACGGGGACGGCAGCAGCGCUCCGAGCAGUAGCGCCAGUAGUGCCGUUGGCGGCGGCAGCGCCGUGCUGACCGGACGCUCCCCGGAACGGAUCCGCGAGGAAGGCUGGAGUGCCCAGGAGGCGGAGAACGUGACGCUGGCCGAGCUCUACCUGAUGCUGGGCAAGCCGGGCAAACUGCAGCUGGAGUACGAGUGGCAGGCGCGGCCGCCGGCCCCCGCCACCACCCCGCCCAACACACACAGCGUGCUGCGCUGCCUCCUGCGCCUCGUUGCCUCCGAGGUCAACCCCAAGCCGGCUCCGGAGCUGUGUACAGUGGGCACGUCCCCGGUGAAGCCGGGCCAGGAGGAGCAGGCCCUCUCUCUGACGCCGCCGGGCAAAACCCCCUCGGGCACCAACCGCAGUCCCAGCUGUGGACGCCAGCAAAGCACAACGCGCAACGCCAAACUGCUGCUGCCUAACGCUGUCACAACGAGUGGGCGAAACCUGCCCCGCUCUCUCCUGGUGUCCAGCGGCGAUGGCGACGGGGGCGUGUUCGCCGUGCCAACCAUGCUGCCGCCAAACAGCUCGCGCCUCUCGCGCAUGUUCUCCCCCAACAAGGAGGCCCAGCUGGCCCUUAGACAGCAGCUGGACUCAAUCAGCUCUGACUUUUUGCUGCCGAAGCAGAGGAAGUUGGGUAGAAGUCGACCCCUAAGGAAGCCUCUGGUUGUCCAGAGAACAUUGGUGCCGCGGACGACCGGAGAUGCGUCACAGCACGUCUGUUCCUUCUCCAUACUCUCCAACUCCUCAGCCACAGGAACGGGUUCCUUCCGGCCCAUUCAGCCACGUGUCCCUCUGGCCCGACCUCUUGUUUCCAAAACCACAGCCAGUGCACCAAGCCUUUCACCCUCCACCGAACUGUCCAGCGCGAUUGACCAGGCAGCCAAGUCGGCGGGCAUCAUUCCAGGCAGCCCCCGUGGGGAGAUGGAGGCGGCAGCUGUAGAGGACGCCCUCCUGGGACCCGACGGGGACGUGUCCCUGGUGCCAGCCCAGCCACAGCCCCAGCCUCAGCCUCAGACACAGCCACAGCCACAGACGAGCAUCCUCCCUCAACAAGCAGAGGAAUCUCUGCAGACCAGCCUGCCACCUCCAUCCCCAGGUGGUGCGGACUCCCUGCUCGCCCCGCCCAGCGUCGCCUCGCUAUUGGACAUCUCACUUCCUGGUCCCCCAGAGGAGUCCCUCCCCUCUGGAGAGGCCCAGACCCACAUCAGUGACUCCAUCAUCGAGCUCGCCAUCAACUCGGCCCACUUUGGGGAAGGAUCAUCUCUCUCUCCGGCCAAGCUCAAUGGGACAGACACGCCCAAACUGCUGCCCUCUCCCUCCAAUAGUCCAGCUCAUAGCUGGAUCCCCUCGCCCACACACGACCCCCAGUGGUACCCCAGUGAUUCCACCGACUCCUCGCUGGGUUGCCUGCUGUCAAGUCUGGUGUCUCCUGAAAAACAUCGCCGGACACAACUCCCCCGUGUGGGCCCAUCCAGUGGUACAGCCCUCCUGGGCCCCAGCUUGCUGGACUCCAAUUCCCAUGAUUCAUUUCCGGCCAGAGGCCUUGCAGAGGUCGAUACCCAGUUGGCCUGCAUGAUGAGCGAGAGCAGUGUGGACUACAUUGCCCGCUUCAACGACCUCGCCCACGAGCUGUCUGUCACGGAGCCGCCCCUCCCGCCCCCCGGGGUCUGAGGAGACCAGAGGGACCCGAUUGGCUGUUUUGAUGUCAAGGCUGCCCAAUCAACAUCCUGGGAGCUGAUGCCUCUAGGGCAGGGCUGGGGACCAUUCUAUCUCUUAAGUCCCAAGAGGUUAUUCCAAAUAUGUGUUUUUUUGACAAACCUGGGUAAGUUAAGUCAGCUAAGAGUACGUGGUAAAUGCCCUUUGGCUUUCUUCGCCUAGCAAAAUAAAGCCAGAGAUCUCUGCUUUCAGAAGGUUUAGUUAACUUAUCCAGGUAGUUGUCACUAAGCCACAUGCUUGCAAUACACCCCAGGUGUCCUUGGUUAGGCCAGAGGGCCACCUGAAUGGCCACAGAAAACUACAAUGGUGAAGUGUGCGACUGUGACCGAGUGUUGCAAGAAGUAGGUGUC